CGUUUGGAUAACUGUCACAAACCAGUGAGCCUGCUUCAGACGUAAACACCUCUUGAUUUCCUACUUAGCCUCACUUUACUUAUCUUGAAAGUACUACGUUUCCUGAAAGAAUGAGCAGAAAAUUGAGUGCUGUGUUACUUACGCUGGUCGCACUAUGCGCACUUCUGAAGUCAGGUGUGGGUGAAAGAUGCGAGGACACAGAUCCGGACUGUUGGCAAUAUGCGGACAUAUGUGAGGAGCCCUUCGUUAAAGAUUUUGUAAGCAACAGCUGUCAAGAGACAUGUGGUUAUUGCACAGGAGCGCCUGACGAAGGGACGGACGCCAAUGAUUUGUGUUCCGACAACGACCCGGAUUGCUCAAGCAAUCCAUAUAUCUGUAAGAUGAAGUCAUACAGAGCAUAUGCCGAGAAAAACUGUAGAAAAACUUGCCAGCUUUGUGGACCAUUAGCAUAAUUUCUGGAGAGCAACACCUAGCUUGAGUGAUACGCUCAUUGAGCGCGUACGCCAACUCCGACCAAGAGAGAAUUCUGCUAUUGAGGCCGCCUUUUCUCUUCCUUGUUAUUGGUGCUUUAUUUUAUUAACACCAUCCUACAAACGUAACCCUUUACACUCUGCAGGAUUCAAACAAAACCAUGAGAAUUUAUUGGAAUUGUGUAGUUAUUUUGCGAAAAAUAAACUUUUCUCUACUAAACAUA